AAUUUAGUGGGAUCUUGGAAACGGCAACAGCAGACGAUAUUAGUCGUUGUUGAAAAGUGUCAACGCUUAGAUCAAAGCUUGUGUGGGCUUUUGUGGUGGAGUCAUUUAUAACUAUAAAAAAGAGAAAAGGCUCGUCAUCUGUAUUGGCCAAGUUAAGGGAUGUUGAUGUGAUGGGGACGGCGGAACAGCAGAAGGAGCACUCCGGAGUGUCCGGUUCCUCCAGUCUGGAGUGCCCAGAUGACGACACGGGGGGAGCCAGGCCUCCUGUGUCCCGCGGUUCCUCCACCGGUGUGACUCCCUCCCCCAGCGGCCUCUUGUCCUCGCCCUCCUCCAACAGCGUCGGAGGGGGUCCCUCUUCCUUGCUUGGAGGAAUCACGAGCCGCCGAGGAAGAGCCUCCCCGACGAGCAGUGCCUUGAGUCGAAUCCCCCUCACGCGCCUCUGUGAGGAGAAGAGAGCUCGCCGGUGUCGCUUCUACCGGAAUGGCGACCGGUGGUUCGGGGGCUCGGUCAUUCCCGUCGGGGGCGACAAGCACAGAUCGUGGGAGGCGCUUUUGGGUGACCUGACGCGGCUGCUCGACCACCCUAUCCACUUGACGGCGGGGGUGCGGCACGUGUUCGCCCUCGACGGCACGCGCGUCACGGCGCUCGACCAGAUCAGCGAAGGCGGCGAGUAUGUAGUGUCCUCCUCGGAAUCCUUCAAGAAACUCGACUACACACGAGCCCGUCUUCCGCAGUGGCGAGUGUACGCCCGUCGCAACGAGGCCCUUCACGUGCCUCCCCGCACGGCCUACGCCUCUCCGGCCUCGACCCCCGGGUGCGAAAUGCCUCCCGUCAUGAUCGGGUCAUCGUCGUCCUCCACGGACUCCCCGAAGGACUACAUCCGGCCCAAGUUAGUCACAGUGAUUCGCAACGGCAUUCGGCCCCGCAAGGCCGUCAGGAUCCUCCUGAACCGUCGCACGGCGCGAAGUUUGGAUCAGGUCCUCUCCGACAUCACUCACGCCAUCAAGCUGGACACGGGAGCCGUCAGGAAGGUCUUCACCCUCGAUGGAAGACAGGUGUUGAGUCUAAGAGACUUCUUCUUCGACGACGACAUCUUCAUCGCAUACGGUCCAGAGCGUCUCUCCCACGACGAUUUCGAUCUGGACUCCGAAGAAUGUAAAACAAUCCAGCCCAUGGUGAAGUGUCCUCUCAGCCCGCGCAGACCCCGCCGCAUGCCUUCGCCCAAGCCCAGAGGUCGAGCAGUUUCUCCUCUAGCCAUAUUUGAUGGGCCAGGAAGUUUACCAAGAUCGCCAAGAAAGCCACGAGCACAUUCUCCACACAAGCGCCUAAGCCAACCCCAGACCCAUUACCAGCAAGAACAGUCGCAGAACUUACUUCAGUAUAACGGUCAUGUAGCCUGUGCAAGCCUUGAGAACAUCAUAUUCCCUUCGUGCGUUACAUCCAAAUAUUCCGUAGGACGUAUCCUUGGUGAUGGCAACUUUGCAGUUGUCCGGGGAUGUGUCUGUAAAAAGACGAAAGAAGAAUAUGCUCUGAAGAUCAUAGACAAAGCGAAAUGCAGAGGGAAAGAACAUAUGAUUGAAAGCGAAGUAUCAAUAUUACGGAGGGUUAGCCACCCUCAUAUUGUUAGUUUAAUUGAGGAAUUCCACACUCCUCAUCAACUCUACCUCGUUAUGGAACUAGUCAGGGGUGGUGACUUGUUUGAUGCCAUAGCCAGUGCCACCCGAUACACAGAGCAAGAUGCCAGUUCUAUGGUGCGCGACCUCGCUGCAGCUCUAGACUAUCUACACCAAAGAAAUAUUGUACAUAGGGAUAUUAAACCUGAAAAUCUCUUGGUGGUAGAGCGUACCGAUGGUGGUAAAAGCCUAAAAUUAGGGGACUUUGGUCUUGCUGUGGAGGUAACAGAACCACUAUACACCAUUUGUGGUACCCCAACUUACGUUGCCCCAGAAAUCCUAGCAGAGUCAGGGUAUGGAUUGAAGGUUGACAUUUGGGCAACUGGUGUAAUCACAUACAUUCUUCUGUGUGGUUUCCCUCCCUUUGUUUCUGCUACAAAUAAUCAAGAGGAACUGUUUGAUCAGAUUCUAAGAGGGCAUUAUGAAUUCCAUGCACCUUAUUGGGAUGAUAUCUCUGACUCUGCUCGAGAAUUGAUUGUCCACAUGAUACAGGUUGAUCAAGAUAAAAGAUUUAGUGCACAGGAAGUCCUUGAUCAUCCUUGGGUCUCGGACGAUGAAGCUCUUGAUCGGAAUCUCCAUCUUCGAGUUUCUCAUAAACUUGGACUUCACUUUGAUACAAAUGGUCCUCAGCACAAGGAUGCAGGAAUUAAUCUAAUGUCUGUAACUGCUCUUGACAAGGAAAACCGGAGUCUUCGGCGUGAAGCAGAUUUGCAAGAUGUUCCUAAGCUAACCAGUCCACCCUGCAGUCCAAGAAUGACAAUUUUUUCAAACAACAAUCAAGUCUACUAAAGAAUUAUAUAUUGAGGGAACAAUUUUAUUUAGUGGUACUCUUUCCAUCACAUACAUAUUAAGAGAUUCAUUCACUAAAGCCUUUUGUAGUUUUUUAUGUUCUGGACUUGAGUUGAAAAAUUGUGUACCCAAUUUUUUUUAAUUUAUUUUUUUUAUUCAGGAACUAAGUAAAAUGUACAACAUAGUUCAAGACUUAACCGUCCUUAUGAGUACUACAAUAUAUGGAACAUCUAAAGCGGUAGACUACUGAAUAAUAUACCCCUCAGAAGUAUGUAGUAAUUUAAAAUCUUUAUCAUGCCUUGACCUUGCUAAAGUUGAAUGCUAUUCACAUUAACUGUAAAUUACCUAAAGGCUGUAAAAGCUUUAUUUCAGAAGUGAAGUUGCUUUAAUUAAAUACUUAUCCAACUUCAUUUUUGUUUUCAGAUUCAGUUGAGUGAUAAACAUUGAUAGACUCGUUUAUGUGGUUCUUUAAUUCUUUUUAUUUAGGUGACCAAACUUAUAAUGGUUUUACAAACCACAAAUGACCAUGAAUAUCAGAACCUAGCAUUUCUUCAGGAAAUUAUCUUGAUGUCAGUCAAGACUGCUGCCUUUAUAUAUAUGAAUGUUUUCUUGUGGAACUGACUUUGUGAUAUAUUAAUAGGUAGUUGCUUCAGUGAUGUCUACUCUCUCAGAUGUGCUCAGUAUGCAUAUGCCACAAGAACAGGAAAAUUCUAAUUUUAUAUUACGUAUGAAUAUUGUCUGGUGCUUUUAGUGUUUGUAAGAUUUUGGUUGUUUGUGCCUGAUAGGAAAGUAAAUAUAUAUCUUGGAGAUAUAAAUCAUAAAACUAUUUCAUGGCUUUAGCAUAAAUUGUCAUUGCUGUGUAUCACAAAAUGCUGAUAUAGGUAUUGCAUUACAAAAUUAUACAUUUUUGUUAUAAACAGUAGCCAUCCCUUCUUUUCUAUAUAGACAAAAGGUUUAUUAGAAUACUUUUAUGUACAUUAUUAUUUCAUAUAGCCAGUUGUAAAUUAUGUCAAUACUUAGUAUUAGGGAAAUAUAAGGUACAUACCUAGUCCAAACUUAACUUUAAUCCGUGAUAGUAUAGGAUGUAAAAUGCUGUUACUUUUAUAAUAAUGGCAUCACAUAUUAUGUAUGUGACUACCCAUUAUUGAAGUUACUGUAUUCACAUUUUUAUUUUUUUUUUUUUGUUAGUGCUAUCAAAGCUUUAAUACUGAAUCUCUGGCAAUACAAAGCACUUUGUGUUUUGGAAGUUUUAAUUGGCAAUUCUUAUUAAACACUUUUAAGCACAAAGUUAAACAUUUAAGUAGGAAAUUAAGAAAAAUUCUUAAAAUUGAGAGCUUAAAAAUUGUAAAUUAGCCUGCAAGCAUUCAUGUUUCUGUCCUACACUUUUCUUGACACAUCGACUUUUGUACAUAACUCACAUAUGACUGUGUCAUCAGGUAAAUCAUCAAUGUCUGAUAUUUAUCAGCCUGUUUUUGUUAAACAAAGACUUGGUUACUGAAAUGACUUGCAGGUAUAUUUUUAUGACAAUUCAGAAGGGUAAAACAAAGAAGUUAAUUUUCAUAAUUGAUAUGGAUGGUUGAAUCUAGUAAUAUGUCAUAUGUAAUCAAGGCUUUGAUGAUUUACUGCUGUAUAUUUAUAAAAAGCUUAUGUACCUUAACUCUGAAGCCAGCCUUUUAUUUUUGUUAGAUAACUUUUUUUACUGUGGAAACUUAUUUUAUUUUAAUGAAAUAAAUAUAGCUCAAAUCGACCUAUGUAUAUUUAAUAUUCACCCUAAUGGUUAAGUGUUCAGUACAUUGUAAUGCAACAUUUAAAAAAUAAAGUUAUUAUAAAA